CUUCAACGAAACACAACACAGUCAUACCCACGCGCAACCAUGAUCCGCCACGAACACUCACGAAUUGACACCAAGCGUCGCGCAAAUCUGAGCCACAAGAAGAAGCAGUUUGCCAAAGCAGAGUUCCAGGAACAGACAUACGAACACCGUCUCAACUUUUACAUACUGCCACCAACGGCCGAGAUCACACUCGAGGAAUUCGAAAAAUGGGCGAUCGAUCGACUGAAAGUACUGUCCGAACUCGAGGCAUGCACGUUCCGCAACAAGGGCCCCGAAGAGACCGCCGAAUACAUGAAGAGCAUCCUUGACAAAUAUCUUCCUAUGCGAGCCGCUACAUCGAAGGGUGCAAGCUUACAAGAUGAGAGGAAGAAGGACCAUUACUCGCAUUUCAUCCUGAGACUCGCGUUCUCUGCGACUGAAGACCUACGCCGGCGAUUUUCGAGGCUCGAGACCAUGCUAUUCCAAUUACGAUUCAAGGACGACGACUACGUCGAAAGACAAAGGUUCGUAAGAACCCUGAAACUUGAUUGGGAGGAGGUACAAGAGGCAGAAAAGCGGGAGCUGAAAGACCAGUUGUUGGCUGCAGCAGGCGGUGGCUUGAAGAGCCGCGAGGAGCAAGAAUGGUUCAAGGUCGACUGGGAACGAGUGUCAAUACUUGUAGAGCAGCGGAGAGUGUUCCUCAAGCGCGGCAAGGCCUAUGUGCCGCAACGAGAGCAGUUGAGCUUGGUAGUUGCUGAGUUCACAAAACAGCUGGAUGAUGCACUUGAGCUCACAUCACGCGCUCUCCCCCGUCUAGACGAAGACGACCGCCUCGCCCCAAUCCUUGCCCACCUUUCGCAGAACUUCACAGCGCCAGACGCUGCCUACUCCUCUUCAGACGCCAACAUUGAUGGUCUGUCCACAAUAACCGCCCAUUCGAUCGACGCACUCUCCCAGAACUUCCCCCUGUGCAUGCGCAACCUGCACAUGACACUGCGGGAUAACUCUCAUCUUAAGCACUUUGGGCGUCUACAAUACACACUGUUCCUGAAAGGUAUUGGGCUGGGCUUGGACGAAUGUAUCAUGUUCUGGCGGCGAAGCUUCAAGCUUAUGACAGACGACAAGUUUCAGAAAGAAUACCGCUACAAUAUUCGCCACGCCUACGGCGAUGUGGGUGGAGAUAGCAAUCGGCGAGGCAGAGGCUACACUCCCUACUCUUGCCAGAAGCUGUUGACAGAGCCGCUUCCCGGCCCAGGUCAGACACACGGCUGCCCAUACCGCACAUUUACGCCAGACAAUUUGAUCUCCGUGCUACAACGAUUAGGCGUGAAUGAGAGGGAUGUGCUGAAGACAGUACGAGAGGAUAUGGGCAAGCAGAGGUACCAUGUUGCAUGCAAUAGGGUGUUUGAGUGGAGUCACAAGAGGGAGAUCAAGAAGGUCAAGGAUGAUGGGAGCUGGAGCGCGACCGAUUUGGACACUAUUGUGCAUCCCAAUACGUACUUCAAAAGGAGCUGGCUGUUGAAGCAUCUAGGUGAGGGCAAUGCUGGCAUAGUCAAUGGGAUGCCAGAUGACAAGAUGGAGGAGUAGGAGGCUUUUGGUGUACACGGUUUUGGAUUCCGGGUUUGGGUAGGCUAGCUUGAUUUAAGAUGAUGCCUGGAGUACGAGCGCGUCGUUUCAGACCUGAUCGUAAGGGUUGCUGUUCCGAUGCUGUUGCGGUGGUAUAUACCUGAUAGUUCACGGAGUGAAAGAUGUCUUUUGCUCCGACAAAAGCAUACAUCGUCCGUUGAAGUAACAUCAACCUUUUUCCGC